GCUUUUUGAAUGGAAUUUGCCGACAUCUAAGCAGGAAGAUGGAGUUCCUUGUGCACAACAUCAGCCACUCGGACCUGAUCUUGGAGCUGACGGGCGAUUCUGCGCUCAAGACAUCGCGCAAUGCGACGUCGUUGCUUGCCCGCCCCAAGUUCAGUCUCUUCAAUAUCGUGUCGCAGUCCAUCGUGCAGCAGCUCGACAAGCUCUUGACGCCUGUCCAAGCCGACACGUACGAGCGCGAAAUGGACAGUCCUCGCUUCCAGCUACGGGAACGCUGCGUGUCCACGUGUCAUCCUGUAGGCUUCAGACUGGACGUCAAGCCCAUCAACCUCGAGUCGUUUCCGUUGGAGCUGUCCGACUUCCAGUUGCGCGCGUCGGACGAAACCAUCGCCGAAGUCGAGUCCUCGUGGAAGCACAUCCGUAUCACCGCUUGCUUCUUCCCCCUCCUCGGCAUUCUCGUUCCCAAGUGGCUCCAAGUCCUCGCGGACGUCCAUUCCGCCGAGUCCCAGCAACUACUGUACCUCAUCUCCGGCGCGGGAAUUCCCCGCAACGCGUCACAUUCCAUCUGCGGCAACUCGACCGAGUACACGGCCGCGCUCAUGUCCAAGUUUGUGUCGGCGUACUACCCAAACAUCCACGUGACGCAGAUCCACUCGGGCUCCAACAUCUUUCGGUCCCAUUCUCCAUCUUCCUUCGCCCUCCUCUCAUAUCCAUGUUGUAGCUACGACGACAACGUCCAGUUCAUGACGCGGCAGCUGCGGCCCGUGCUCGAAGCCCACCGCGACCUCCUCGUGACCAAAGUCGGCGACCACUGGAAAAGCCAUUUCCAUCUCACCAUCGCAUACGCGGACGGCCCGCCCGCGCGGCUCUCGGCUCUCAACGCCGCCCUGCGCGUGUACCAGCCGUCGUAUCUGCAUGUAUGGCAGCUCAAGACGUUCUGGCACGAGAAGAAGCUCAGCUUGGACGACGUCGACUUUCAUCCGUUUGAAAACGUCGAAGCCACGCCCGCCGUCGCCGUCGCCGACCUCCAUGACGCCCCCCUCGUCGCCCGGGCUGUCGAUGAAAUCAAAGCAUUUCGAGACCAGUUUGUUCAAGGGGAACACUUGGGCGAAGUGGGGCAGUUUUGGCUGCGCAAGUCGCGAAAGCCGGUGCUGGCCGUGCUGCUGGUCGAGAAAAGGACCUCGAGCGGGGACGUUCAGGUGGUCGUACACCGGGGCAUGAACUGCGAGGUGUCCAUGCCCACGGGGUCGCUCUGCGCCGAGCGCAACGCCAUCGGCAGCGCGCUCGCCAACGACCCGACGCUGCUGCGCCAGUCGCUCAAAAUGAUUGCCGUGCUCAGCGUCAGUUUGCACCCACUUAAAUUAGCACCCCCUCCCCCUCCAUCGUUAUCAUCGACGAGCUUGUUGCUGCCGGCUCCUCCUGCACUCAUUCUUGCCCACGCCACCACCACCACUGUAACGACGGCAGUGGAGGCGUCCCCCAAGACCGGCCGAAAGCCCAAACGCCCUCGGACAAUCUCGUGCGACGCCAGCGUCCCGUCCAUCCAAGCGGCGCUGGACGCCGUCGACGCUUCUGCUGCGACGGAGAAGGACCUGAACCCACUGGCGCCAUGUGGGGCAUGCAACGAGUGGCUGCUCAAGAUCGCAGAGGCGAACCCUUCGUUUAAGAUCGUCACGUUCGACUCGAUCGACUGCGACAGCGUUUACAUCCAUCAGUUGCUCUAACACGAUCAGAAUAUGUUUAUAUUCGUUAAACGUCCGGAUAAUAAUCUGUACGGAUACAACAAUUUUCC